CGCAUCCCUCCAUCCCUGCGCGCAUCUCUCCCGCAUCCCUCUGUCCCUGCGCGCAUCUCUCCCCGCAUCCCUCUGUCCCUGCGCGCAUCUCUCCCCGCAUCCCUCCAUCCUUCCUCGCAUCUCUUCCCGCAUCCCUCCAUCCUUCCGCGCAUCUCUCCCCGCAUCCCUCCAUCCUUCCUCGCAUCUCUUCCCGUAUCCCUCUGUCCCUCCGCUCAUCACUUCCCGCAUCCCUCUGUCCCUCCGCGCAUCUCUUCCCGCAUUCCUGCAUCCCCCCCGCGCAUAGCUCCGCGCACCCUCCAUCCCUGCGCGCCCCCCGUCCCUCCGCGCAUCUCUCCGCGCCCCCCGCGCCGGCAGGGCCGCUCCUGCGCGGGGAUGGCGGAGCGGCCGCGCUUCCUCUGCGGCGUGGUGGAAGGUUUCUAUGGGAGGCCAUGGUCAAUGGAUCAGAGGAAACUUCUCUUUCAAUGGCUGCAACGCCGGGGGCUGAACUGCUACAUGUAUGCACCCAAGGAUGAGCUGAAGCACCGGCUGCUCUGGAGAGAGCCCUACACAGAGCAUGAGGCAGCCCGCAUGCGGUCCCUCAUCGCAGCUGCCCAGGAGCAGGGUGUGGAGUUUAUUUUUGCCAUUUCUGCUGGCCAGGACAUGGUGUUUUCCAGUGCUGGGGAUCGCCUCCUGCUGCAGCAAAAACUCAGGCAGGUGGCUGCCAUGGGCUGCCGCUCCUUCGCGCUGCUCUUUGACGACAUCGACCCCUGCAUGUGCCAAGCUGACAGAGAUGUCUUCCCCUCCCUGGCACAGGCUCAGGCCUCUGUGGCCAACGAGGUGUACCAGGAGCUGGGCCAGCCCUGCAUCUUCCUCUUCUGCCCUACAGAAUAUUGCAGCUCACUGUGCUCUCCCAGCCCCAGCCAGUCCUGCUACCUGCAGACCAUCGGCCAGGAGCUGCUCCCAGGGAUCGGUGUCAUCUGGACAGGCCCCAAGGUGGUGUCACAGGAGCUCUCAGCAGUGCUGCUGGAGGAGGUGGAGGCUGUCCUGAGGCGCUGCCCCGUCAUCUGGGACAACCUCUACGCCAACGACUACGACUGCAGACGUGUCUUCCUGGGCCCCUACAUGGGCCGUGCUCCUGGCCUCAUGUCCAGGCUCCAGGGGCUGCUCCUCAACCCCAACUGUGAGCUCCAGGCCAACUUCAUCCCCAUACACACGCUGGGCACCUGGUUUCAGAGCGAGCUGGGGAGCUGUGCCCACCCUGACCAAGCAGGGCUGGAGGAGGUGGCAGCCCUGGGGGACAGCCAAGGUGCUCAGGAUGGAAGCUACAGCCCCCAGGAAGCCUUGGAACUGGCACUGCAUGACUGGGUGGCUGAGAUAAACCAGCAGGCUUUGGAGCCAGGAGGAAGGACCCCAGGACACCCCAGUGUCAGCCUCAAGGGAGGACCAAGGCUGCAGCCUGGCACGGAGGGAGGACAGGAGGUCACUCCCGACCCUCAGCCCCACAGCUCUGCUCCUGGUGGGGCAGAUCACAGCCCUGAGCCCUGCAGGGGGGCACCAGAGGAGGGCUGCAGGGAGGUGACCUCGGAGCCUGAGAAGGACACUGGGAGCAGGACACCCACUGGCCAUCAGCAGAGCCCUACAGGGGCUGAGGAGCAGCUCACCACAGGGAGCAGGGAGAGCUGUGGGCCCUCCUCUGCUCUGCCCAGCGAGGCUGGCAGUGCCCAGUCUGUAGGAAUCCCAGUGGCCACCAAGACCCUUCCCAGCCCAAGCCCCACCACGAGCUCCAGCAACGGGGCCAACACCAGUCAGAACAUUUCCUUGCCCACCAGUGAUGCCAGGACAGGGGAUGGCAGCCCUGUCCAGUCUCCCAGCAGCACCCAGCCUGAGGCCAUCAGGAGUGAUGUGCCCCAGACACCCCCAGCACCUGGGGCUGGUGCCAGCCCUGCUGCCCCAGCCCCACUGACUGAUGAGGUUGGUGCUAGCCCUGGUCCCAUGGCACCAGUGACCCCAGAGGAGGCUGGGACUGGCCCCAUGGCACCACUGACCCCCAAGGAAGCCACAACCAGCCCCACAGCACAGGUGACCCCAGAGGAACCCAGGACCAGCCCCACAUCACAGGUGAUCCCAGAGGAACCCAGGACCAGCCCCACAUCACAGGUGACCCCAGAGGAGCCCAGGACCAGCCCCACAUCACAGGUGACCCCAGAGGAGCCCAGGACCAGCCCCACAUCACAGGUGACCCCAGAGGAGCCCAGGACCAGCCCCACAUCACAGGUGACCCCAGAGGAGCCCAGGACCAGCCCCACAUCACAGAUGACCUCAGAGAAGCCCAGGACCAGUCCUAUGUCACCAGUGACCCCAGAGGAGGCUGGGUCUGGCCCCAUGAGCCCCAAGGAGGCCAGGACCAGCCCCACAGCACAGGUGACCCCAGAGGAGCCCAGGACCAGCCCCACAUCACAGAUGACCCCAGAGGAGCCCAGGACCAGCCCCACAUCACAGGUGACCCCAGAGGAGGCUGGGUCUGGCCCCCUGAGCCCCAAGGAGGCCAGGACCAGCCCCACAGCGCAGGUGACCCCAGAGGAGGCUGGGUCUGGCCCUGUGGCACUGAUGACCCCCAAGGAGGCCAGCCCCAGCCCCACAGCAGCACUGCCCCCAGGAGAGGCCGUGUCCAGCCCCACAGCACCGCUGACCCUGGAGGAGGUGCGGAUGCUGGUGGAGCUCUUCUACCUGCCCUACCAGCACGGGGCUCUGGCUCAGGAGCUCCUGGAGCACUUUCGGUGGCUGCGGGCGAACAGCCUCAGCGUGGGGGUCCCUCCCUCGGCGCCCGACGCCUGCGGGGGCCGGCGCUGGCGGGGCCGCGCUCAGUCCUUCCAGCGGCUGUGUGCGCGGGCGUGCCGCCUGCACAGCCGCCUGGUCAGCACGGCCGGCCGGGCGCUGCUCUACGACCUGCACCCCUACCUGUGGGACAUCCGGAACAUGCUGCUGGCAGCCUGUGCCUUCGUCCUCUGGCUGGAUGGUCACCUCCUCUGCGACCCUGACCCCAAGGGCACCUGGGGGAACUGCUUUGGCUGGUGCCAGAGCAUCACUGCCCCGGUCCUGCUGGGGAGGGACGCCGAGCCCUGGGCACGCCGUGGGGGCCUCUUUGGAGAGCUGCAGGCACUGCUGCCCGUGGGGAACAGCUGUGACCUCUUCUACCAUCCACCCCCACUCUUCCCGUCCAGCCAGCUGUACCUGCUGCGCCCACUGCUGCCCCUGGACAAGGGAGAGCUUUACCGCAUGUGCCGGGAGAGUUUGGACUGUGAUCCCAAAGUGGCAGAGAUCCUCGUGGCCCACCCCGAUCUCCUCGGUGACAGGCUCCUGGGCAGCUUCCUCAGCCUGAGCCCCGAGUACACCUUUGUGCUGGAGGAUGAGGGUGGCCCGUGUGGCUUCGCCGCCGGAGCGCUGCACGCCGAAGGUUUCCUGCAGCAGCGAGACAGCAGCUGGCUGCCAGCCAUACGGCACAAGUACCCCCCAGACCUGGGCACGGGGGGCCCAGCUCUGGGACAGGAUGCCCUGGAGGAAGCAGUGCUCUUCUUCCACGCAGAGCCACUGGCAGUGCCCCAGCCUGUGCUGAGGCGCUUCCCCUCCCUGGUACAGCUGGGCACGGCCCCUCGUGUGCUGGAUGUGGGGGCCAGUCGCAGCCUGGCCCUCUGCCUGCUGAGUGCACUCAGGGCCAACGGCUCACGGGGAGUGUUCUGCCAGGUCAGUGAUGCCGACCGGCAGCAGCUGAGCUUCUACAGCAAGCUGGGCUUUGUGGCCCUGCCGGUGGCCUGGGGCAGCUCUCCCGGCUCUCAGCUCCUGGGACGUCUCCUCUGACGGGGCACAGGGAGGCAGAGCCCCAGGCCAGGCUGAACCCCCCAUCCCACACAGCAUCGGCCUGAGCGAGCGGGAGCAGAGGGGCACCUCGGGCAGGCCAGGUACACAUGAGAGGGACAUGGGGGCGAGCAGGAUGGCACUGGGACGUGUGCAGGGCUGGGGAGCAGAGAGCUAUUUCUGCUGCUCACGGGAUUUGGCUACCUCUGUGCCGCCCCGACUGCUCCUGUUUGCUGGGAAGCCAGGCUGUCACUGCCCAUGAGCAGUGUUUGGGUUUGUGGUCCUGGAGCACAGCACGGUGCCUUCGUGCUACGGGAUGUCCCUGUCACACAGGCUGGGCUGCCCAGCUCUCUCCACCCCCUGUGUGGCCUGAGGCUGUGCAGCUGGUGCUGGGGCUGGCUCUCGGCACUGAGGACCUGUCUGUAUGGAUUGAUCCGGUAUGGGAUGCAGUGAGGCAGCCUCUGUUUCUGUGCCUGGGGCCUGAGGGAAGUGCUGUCCUUGGCAAUAAAGCGUUUGCUGGGCUCUC